GAUCUGAUCAGUGCAACAGCGAAAUCUCUCGAGAUUGUGCGAGAGUUGGCUGUUAAUGACAACAUUCUUGCGGUAGAAACAAAAAUCAAAAUGUCGUACAGGGAUCUAAGAAAUUUCACUGAGAUGAUGCGGGCGUUGGGCUACCCGCGCCUCAUCUCCAUGGAGAACUUCCGAACACCCAACUUUCCUCUGGUGGCUGAAGUCCUGAUAUGGCUGGUCAAACGAUAUGACCCCAAUGCUGACAUACCAACAGACACGGAUACUGAGCAGGACAGGGUUAUAUUCAUCAAGUCCGUGGCCCAGUUCAUGGCCACCAAAGCCCACAUCAAGCUGAACACCAAGAAGCUCUAUCAGGCGGAUGGUUACGCUGUCAAGGAGCUACUGAAGGUGACCUCUGUGCUCUAUGGAGCAAUGAGAACAAACACAGGAGACGGGGAUGAAGAUGGAGAAAACAAUGGAGCAUCCUCGUUAUCGUUUGACAUCUCCUCAAAGGUUUCAGACCUGAAGGCCUGUCGUCUCCUAGCAUCACAAAUAACCACCAAGGGAGCAAGUCUGUAUGAUCUUCUUGGGAAGGAGGUUGAACUCAGGGAACUAAGGACGAUGGCCAUCAACAAACCACUGGAGAUAAACGAGAUUGAAAAAGGUUUGCGCGCCAGCACCAAGGGAGUUGAGCAACAAAUCAAGAAGACCCAGCAGAUGCUGGAGAACGUAGCGUCGGAUGAGGCCAACCUAGAGGCCAAGAUUGACAAGAAGAAGUCGGAGCUUGAGAGGAACCACAAGCGAUUGCAGACGCUGCAGUCUGUCAGGCCAGCCUUCAUGGAUGAAUAUGAGAAACUAGAGGUGGAUCUGGAGAAACAAUACGAGACGUAUCUGGAGAGGUUCCGCAAUCUGACCUACCUGGAGCACCAACUGGAGGAGUUUGCCAGGGCAGAGCAAGACAGAUUUGAGGAGACAGAGAGCACCUUGAAACGGAUGCAGAACAGACUAAAGGAGGAAGACGCCCGCAUCCGCAUCUCAGACGACAUCUUAGGAGGAGACGACAUACCAGGAUUGGAUGUUGUCGAUGACGACGGUGAUGAUGAUGAUGACGAUGAUGAUGAUGAGGACGGAAGCGAUAGCGAGAGUGAGGAGGUGCAACAACAGGCCCCGCCCCCAAGGCGGGAACGACCCAAACCAGGAGGGAUUCGAAACAACAACCCCAAAGUCUUUGGAAAUAUGGGAGCAGAAAUCAGUGAUGAUGAUGGUAGUGGUUCCUCCAUCAAUGAUGACAGCAUCAGUGUGGAUGACGACGAUCUCCUUGAUGACGAUGAUGGCGAAAGCGAUGAGUUGGAGGUCGAGGGUCCGUCAACGAGGAAAGGACGACGGAGAGAGGAAGCUGAGGAUAGUGACAAUGACUUCUAGACCUGGUUGUCGCGGAAACAAGAUGAGUUUUUGCCUUACAGUGCUCCUGAUGAUUAUUCUUGUCUCUUGGGAUGAGGGUUGAGAUAGAUGUGACUUUCAAGACAAGUGUACGGAUUCAAACCCCAAUGAGAAUCAAGAUGAAAUGCUUCUACCAUGCAUUUCAUUUUCCUGUUAAUAGUUAGACUAAUGCUAGUGUAAUAGGAAAUGUAGACUUUAUGAAAAACUGACUGUUUUUUGCCCCAGUGGAUACAAUUAAAGCAGUGACCAAUCAUGUGCGAGGGUUGUUGUCUGUAUUAGGUAAAAGAGACCUAACUUAAUAGGAGGCAAAAUUUCAUACAACACCUUGUCCAAAUUACUAGGUGCACUUUCCAAUGACCAAUGUGCUUAUGGAAUUGGCUGAAGCCGAAUAACUUAAUGAGACAUAUGUUAUUUCUGGUUAUAGCCAAGACAUUUUGACAGGCUAAGUUUUC